GAAACAGAAAGCUUGGAGUUUUGGUUUGGAUUCUGUGUCGCUCAGCUGAGAGGGCUCUUGAUAGGUAUAUUGGGGAAAAAAACGCUGGCAUCAAAAAUAUUAUAAUUGAAAUAAUUUGAUUCUUUCUUUAAAUUAAAAUAUCAAGAACAACCCUGAUCAUUUAUAAAGAUCAGCUUUAAAAAAUAGCCUUCAAAACUUCUUCUAUUUAAAUUAGUAAGAGAGUGAAAAAGUUGCUUUGUUAAGUAUGCUGCGAGCCAUUGCUGGAUAUAUUUUGGGAGGGAUCCUUAGCGAUCCACCUCAAGAAACCCUGGAAUGUGAAACUCAAGAAGUAAAUGAUUGGCUAGUCGUCAAUAUGCCUAAUAAACUUGACGAAAGUGAUUUAGAUUUCGAAAGUGAUACUGAAUCUGAAAUUGAUGAGGACGACAUCUUAGCAUGCUUGCCAAUAUUGAUGACUGUUGACGAACUGGAGUAUAAUGACUCUCUGGACGCACAAGUAUCACUAGACAAUAUUCCUCGUUCGUCUCUAAUCCCCGAGGACAUUAUGAGGGGCAGUAUGAUAUUGCAAUACAACUCUGCUCAAUGUGCGAGUGAUUUGCUCGCCAAUGAAAACACUUACGUCUAUCCCUAUCUUCCGCAAAAUAAAUGUUGUCAGUUGAUGAUAACAUACCCUGGUUAUGAAUACUCUUGGAAGGAUUCUUUGGACAAAACAGCGGCUGUUAAGAUAUUGAAAAAAUUGAGAGCUUAUCGUCAAGAGAAUUCAAAGAAAUCAAAUACCAAUCCUGAACUUACCUGCAAUCCUGUUCAAACACCUACCUACAUCAAUCAUCGUCCACCAGUAGCUUCUUCUAAAACAGAUCUACUGCAACAAAUCAAAGAGAUCCAGCCAUCCCAAAAAGCCAAAGAGAUCGCCUUGAAAAAACACGUCACUAGAUCACAGCUCAACAGACAAAAUAAAAACUAUAUUUAUUGCACAAGCGCUAAAACGAACAGGCGAAAAGACUUGCAGCGAAAUCAUUCCGGAGCGAAUAACAAUCGCAAAUGUUAUUAAAUGAGUAUUAAUUCUCUCUAAUUUUGAAAUAACCCCUUUUUUCUGGCUUGUAUGUCCACCUUUUUCUCUCGGCUUAAAAAGUAUAAUUGAGUAAGGAAAAAAUUUACUCUUAUAAUACUUUUAUUUGCGUUACAUAUUAUUGUUUUAAAUUGUCUUAUAGCAAAUAUAUUUAUUUGAAAUGUUUAAGUAUAAUUUUAAAUCGAAAUAUUUUAUGUUUUUAAUUAAAAUAUUUAUACACUUUAAAGUUUUAGUUUUUUUUUAAUUGCAACUUAAAAUUUAUCUUUACGCUUUCAAUCCAAAUAGAGAGCUACGUAUUUUAGUUUAUAUUACCAUAAAAAGUACUAAAUGGAAGUACAUUUUGUAAACUUGUCACUCAACUAGACAUAUCUAAAAUUCUGUCGUUCUAAAAUUAUUCAGACAAUCUCUAUUUGUUAUAGAAACUCUAUCAUAAUUCAUUAAUAAAUUAUAUCGUUGAUUAUGAAAUGAUUAAUAAAAAAUUAACAUUUGUUAAAAAUUUAUUUCUGAGAUUGUUAAAUUGUUUAAUUAAUUAAAUUUGGAAAUAGAAGCAAAGCUUAAGUACUCUUACCCAGAUAGCAGGCGAACUUAUGAUAAACGUUUUAGUUUCAUUUGGUUAGCAUAGAAAGGCUAAUUAAUCCUUUUUUACGCUUAGUAGAAAUAUUAUUAUGCCAAGCUUGUUUCCUUAAAUAUUGAAUAAAUAAGCAUGCAAAAAACUUACAAAAAAAUAUUUUUUAGCUUUUACUAUAAACCUUGAUUGGCCCUUUUUUUUCAUUCUAUCUUUGUUUAGGUUCUCAAAUGCAACAUUUUGUUGGUGUUGAAAACUUAAUGAUCAGACCAACCUUCACUUUUAAAAAAGUUACAGAAAGUAUAUAAAACCUUGUCUCAGUGAUGGUCUAAAAUAAACCAUGAGAAGGUGGAUUAAUCUUUGGUUUGAGAACGCUAUCUAUUCUUCAUUUGCAAAUGACGAUUCAUCCUCGAUUUCAGGAGGUUUUUCUACCCUUGUUUUGUAAAGGCAGAUUCAAUCUCGAUAUAAAAGGGUUGUAAAUACUAGCCUCAUGCGAACCUCAGAGAGUACAUUAGCAUAGUUUAACAUUGUUUCAAGCUUGCAUGGUUCAUUUGCUUAUCAUUUAUAAACCUUGAGUUUUGUGGUAAAGGUUGUUGCUGACAUUAAAAUCAACCUUACACUGCUGUCUGGGUAUUACUCUUACUGAUUUGAAAAAUGCAAAUAUUAUAGUGAUCGCUAAUUAUAGAGAAUAUGAUAAUAAGCAAAGUGAAAAAUUUUUAAAUAAAAAUCGUAAAUAAAAUUUUAUGCAAGUUCGGAACUGUUAAAUUUAUUUCAAUAUGUCAUUUUGAAACGGAUGAUCGCCAUUUUUAUAAAUCACUGCAUAAAAGAAUUGUUGAAUUAUGCCGUACAGAGAGUAAAAUUUUAUAAAAAUUGCAUGAAGCUUCCCAUAUAGGGAAAAAGUUCUUACAAGAGAAAGAUCAAAGGGGAAAAAAAUCACUACGUAAAAAUAACCAUUGAGUUAUAGAAUGUAAAUAGUAAAAAUCGUUUAGGGCUAUUUUAAGAAGGGCAUUAAACUAUAAUAUAGUCAAAUAUUUAACUUUCACUUCUUUUAUAAUAAAUGCAAAUCAUUUUAUCCACUAGUCAUAAUCUUUAAUGACACAAAAGUUCAAUUAAAUGACAUUAUUUUAUUAUGUAAUAACUUAUCUAUUUUAUUGUGUGAAAUGACAGAGUUUAAAAUAAUUCCUUGAGCUUUUUUAAAAUCAAGAGUUAUUAUAAAUUACUUAAAAUAACAUGUCGUAUUCUUGUAGCUUGAAUAUCCCUAACACGAUAUAUAUUAAACGUUCUCUAGUUAGUUAAGGGAAAAAUUAAAAAUAAAUUCAGAAUUUGAGCUUUUGUUGACUAAUAAAUGACGAUCUCACUUGCGUUGUAAUUUAUUAUACCCAUAUUAUGAAAUAGUGAUAUAUAAAAGAGCAUCGUUUGAUUCAACAGAAAUCUGUAAUUAAAAGAAUGCUCUGCUAAGUAUUUAUCAUAUUUGCCGAAACUUUACCAAAACUUUUAUAAGUCAGUUUAAAAAUGAAUGAACAAUUUCUAAAAAGUUCUGGAAAUAAUUUAACGCUUGCAAAAUCUAGAAAGUCUGCAACAAAUGUUAGAAGAUGGUGAACCAUCAUGCAGAAAGCACCAGCAAUGUAUAUAAAAAUAAUAAUUUGAUUGUUUAGUGAAUAGUUGUUUAGUUAGCAACAAUAACUUGUUUGUACCAUAAGCUUUGUACUGCCACAAAUAUUUAACAAAAUACUGAUCUAUGUUUUUCUUUUGUUGUUCUGAUGUCUUUUAUGUGAUGAUAUUUAAUGUAAAAUGCUAUAAUUCUUUUUAUAUGUCUAAUUUGGUUUCUCAACUUCAGUCAAUUUAAUUCAAUCAAAUGUCUAAUUCAUUUGAGGACUGAAUGGGGGAAAAAAAACAUCAGUGAAUUGUUGAUCUAUGUAAGAUUUGCAGUGGUAUAUUUUAAAAUUUCCUGUUCAAAUGCAUUAUGAUAAUCAAAGGAUAAUCUCACAAUCUAAUCUUCAUAUCACCAGGUCGCUGAAUUUCAGUUCAGAAAUUAAGUUUUAAAUAUGGAAAACUGUAGAAAAGUUUUAUGUUUAUACUAUAAAUAUUGAUCGACGUUUGUAAAUUACAGUGAAUAAAUAAAACAAAUUAAAAGGAAUUAAAAAAAAACAGGCAGUAAAUUUAUAACAGUUAUUUGUAAAUUAUCAUGUAGUCUACUUUUGUAAAGCUGGAUCAAUUUAAAUAGGGUAAAUUUUCAUUUGAAUUUUUUCUUUUUAACAGUUACUCCAACCUAAAGCUCAUUUUCUGAAUUUAGCUAAAUAUUUCUUUCAAUAUGUUUGUUCACUAAAUCAUAUGUGAGGUAAAGCUGAAAAUAAGGGAAAUACUGAAUAAAAUACUUCACUAAAGAAGUAAAAUAAUUUAACUUAGUUUUGUUGAUUUUAAACAUGGCUUAAGGCCUCCCCUAUGUAAUAUGCAAUGCUAAUCAAUGCUGUGCCCUUCAGUAUUAAUUUUAUAUUAAGACAAAGUUAAAAAUAAAAGCAGCCCAGUGAAGGUAUUAAAAAAAGAAUGAGCUGCUUGAAUUGUUUAUGAGUGCGCAUCAUUUAAAAAAUAUAAAGCCUACAUGGAUAGCAAAAUGUUGAGAAACCAAAUAAUAAUUCAUUAACUGAUUGAAAAGAUGAAGUAGCAUUAUGUUGUCUGUUCAAUUAUAUCACAUAAUUUAUUUUCUUGGAAGCUUGAAAAAUUGUUGCAAUUCUACCUUAAAAAUUGUUUUACAAAACUUUUGCUUAUUAUGUUAUUACUUAUUAUAAUUUGUAAUGUGAAUUUCUAUUUAUUGAACUUUUAUGUAGUUUAUUUGCGUUGCAUAUUGGCUGAAUUUUAAAUUAUAAAUGAUUUGUAAAUAGAAUAAUAUAUUUUUAAGUCAUGAAAUAUUUAUAAGUGGUAACAUUUUAUUUUAUAUUUCAUAAGAGUGUACUGCAUCCAGCACAGUUUUUAAUUUUUUGUCAUUGUUAUCAUGUUUUAUCAGCAUUUUGCUAAAUAUUUAAUUUUCUCACCCAUCACAACCAAUAAAAUAUUUCAUGGUUGCGAACAUGCA